ACAAAAAUUUAGAAAAUUCAAACCUUUACAGCGUUUUUUUUUACUAAAUUAACAUGUAAAUUAUGGUUAAAUCUUUCAAGUGUAAUAAUAAAUUAGAAAGUACAUACAAUUGAUAUAAAAAUCAAUUUGAGAAUAUAAUAUCAAAUCACCACACUCCUGAAAAAGACGAUGAUCAGACGGAGUCAAUCCGAUAUAAUAUUGAGCAAUCUUCUAAUCGAAACGCAAUACGGAAAAGUUGAUCAAAGUCUAGAAAAGUGUAAGGCACUGCUGAAAGGCAUCCAAAGGGAAUUCAAAAAGACCAGGGAUUUUUGGAAACAGCUAAAAGUUGAUGUAGAUUCGGUGAGUACAAAGUUUGCUGAAAGCAUCUGUGAUAACCUUGAAAUACAUUCAGAAAAUAUCAAAGACAGUUUACAAGAUGGAGUUGUGGAGAGUUCUGGAAAGUGUUCAAAAAAAGCAAAAGGAAAUAAUGCAGAUACCAUUUUAAAGCCUGAUGAUUAUUCAAAAAUUGCUAGUGGGGCUUCAAAAAUUACAAAUAAUUUGAAAGAUGCAGAUGAUCUCCAAGAAGAGAGUAUUCGUUUUUCGAAAAUCUCCAGACUUGAUGUGAAACAUCUGGAGGCAUUUUUGGACAUAGUGCAAAAGACACAGGUGUCUCAGUGUGCGACUAGAAAUGAAUCCAGCUCUAUCGAAGACUUCUCAAGUGAAAUAGACAUAUUUGAGGAUGCCGUCUGUCAACUAUCCAGCGUGACUAGUUUGACUUAUGACUCUCUGACCAACUCCAGUACAGAUAUUUCAACCGCAGUUCAUAAUUUUCAAUUCUCUGACAAGAAAACAAAUUUUGAGCACAAUGACGUGGAAAAUCUUUCAAACACUUAUUUGCAAAAUGGUGUAAAACCUCAAACAUCUUUUAUAGAAGGAGCUUCCAAAUUGACUGAUUCAAAAAUAGGUCAAAUUCAUGCAUAUAUUAAUAAUAAUUUAUCAUUAGAUCCGAAGACUAUCGUACUACAAGAUGUGGGCCAUUAUCCAGAAAUGAUUGAUACAAAUAUUCCAAUAUCACCUUGUACUUAUGAGAGUGAAAGUGAAGAAUACCAUGAGGCCCGUGAUUACAGUCACUCUGAUACAAUUGAGGAGGAAAAAUCAUAUCCAGUUUUCUCGCAUAACUCCAACAGUAAGCUUCAUCAAAUAAAGAGUGAAAAUACAAAUAAAGUUGAACUCAUGGAUAAUAAAUUGAUAGAUGUUGUUGGAGCCAAUAGUGAGAAAAUUUUCAAUUUCAAUGGAAGAAGAAAUGAGAAAAUUGUAAAAUUUUCUGGAAACAAUAAAAUCACAUACCAAAAUGAUUCGAGGAUUGGAUCAAGAGUUGAAUGUAACAAGGGUGAAAUACAUGAGUAUCGGAAAACAAAUUCUCAAAUUGAAAAGCAAGUGGAAAAUCGUAGUCGACCAAGAAUAAGAGUCACCAAACAGAGGAAGUUGAUAAAAAUGAAACAGAAAGAUAGGUCAAAAACAAGAAGUCGUAGCCGAAAAAAGUCUGUCCAUGAUAUGGCAACUGGCACUUCCGACUUGGAUCUUUUCGAAUAUUUUCAGCAAUGGCCUCAGCGUCUAUCAAGACAACGGGAUCCAUUCUAUUCACUGCCUGCGAAGAGAAGGCUUUUUGAUUAUUCAACUGAGGAGCCAAGUGGUAUUUUCCAUCCUUCAAUGAUCCAGCCUUACAAUUUCAGCAGUGCUAGACAAAAUCAAGCACAAAAUGAAGUAUUUGUGAGGAAACACAUGUCCUUGAACUCACUGUUGAAACAACCCUUCAGCAAUAACGAACUUUCCGACAAUGGAAGCAACACUACUUACUCCAUUCGAAGCUCCAGCGACCAAGGAACUCUAUCUGUGAAAAAUGAGGACUACCCAACAAGUGAUGAUCGCUUUUCAAUCCGUAACAGCACUAUUUUGAAUAAUUCCAACACAAACAUUUUCGUAUUUAGAUCAUUUGAGGAUCGCUUUAAACCACCGCAAGCCCCUGAUUCGGAUAAAGAGAUUUGGUUUGGUGGUAGUAAUUUUAUGAAACCUAUUGAACAACUUGAUUAUUCAGGGAGUGAAUCUAGUAAAGGACGAGCUUCAUCCACAGACAGAAGGAUGAAAAAGAAGAAAUAUCUCGCUGUAAAGAAGCAAAGACAAGUUGCUGAUGAAAAAUGUAAUUUAAAAGAAAUUAAACAGAAUGAUGGUGAGAGUGGAACUUGCGUUUCAAAAGGUGGGACAUCAGUUUCCAAAGUGCAGGCUGUUAUAUCCUACGUUGGUAAUAUUCAUAGUGAUCAUAUAGAAACUCCUCAAUGUACACAACUUGUGCAUGAGACCAAAAUUCUACACAGUCAACACACUCUCGUGAACCCUACCAAAAAAUGUAGCCUUGAAACACUGAGACAUAAUGAGUGCCUUAUUAGAAAGCAGAGAAAACAUCAAGCAGGUGAAACUGAUUCAAUUGGCAAGAAAAAUAUCGAUAUAAUUUUCAAUAAUAAAAAUAAAUUGUCGCCUGAUUCGGAGAAACUGAGAGAACAAUCAAGAGAGGGAAUUAGUAUGAGAAGACCAAGUAGCUCACCUCUGACUUCAAAUUCCAAAAGAGACUAUAAAGACAUCGGAAUCAAACGUCCAUCACGGGAAGACUGUAGAUUGCAAUUGGUGAAUGGCAGAGGAGACAUUCAUUUGACCGAAGUUCAUCAAAAAAGUCUUCUUAAUAGUUUAACAUCAUUGAACCGUGAGUACACUGUUUCAAAAAUGGACAGAACUUCAACUAAACCCGGUUUAGAGCCGAAGGUUAUUUUUAAAAUCUCAGCUUCAAGUGAAGACUUACGGAAUGAUAAAAUAAGGUCCAAUGAACAUCUAGCUUCUGUGAAUACAACAAAAUCUAUAUCGUCAUGCAGUGGGAUUGAAACAGAUGCAUUUUCGAAGAUAAAAAUGAAGAAGUUUGGUAAAAAGUAUGUAUCAUGUAAUGAUUUGAUGAAUGAUGAUAGUUUUUAUUCGAAAAUCAGUAUUAUUCCUCUACCAGGGGAUGAUAAAGGGCUGAUACAACAAGUGAGCAUAAUUGGUCAAAGAUUGUGGGUCCAAGGCGCAACUAUUAGUGCAUAUAAUAACUGUUUCACAGAGAAAGAGGAGCAAAAUAAAGAUGAAACUUGUAAAGCUCCAACAGGUUUGGAUGAUAACAGACCUGCAUCAUCUUCUAAGAAAUCUGUAGAUAACAACGAAAAGAGUGAUAAGUCCCCAAAAAUAAACGAUGAUACUGUUAAGGAAGUGACAAAGAAAAGACCAGUCUAUACACCACCACAUGGUAGAGUAAAUAGUAAGAAAAAUGAGCCGACAGAAUCUAAACCUCGAUUCUGUCCCUAUGUAAGCAAAAAUUAUUCAAUCGAUAAAUCAAACAGUUUGAAACCUUCAAACAUGAAUCGUAAAACCCCUGAAAGGAAACCUCAACGGUCUCCCAAACAGCCAGUGAAACAAAAGCCUGAAGAAGAUGCAAGUAAACUGCGUGAGAAUCGAAAUGUAAUUGGGGAUAAUGAUCAAUGUCUAGAUGCUGCAGCUAGUAUUCAGAAUUGUUUAAACUCUAAUACUGCUUUUCAUAAUAAUUUUAAUCCUAAUAAUGAUGUUUAUGAUAGUUUCAAUACUAAUAAUUACAUGAAUAAUGCAGAAAAUUAUAAUGCUGUGCCCCGUGGCCAAGUUGUGACAGUUGAAAAUGAUGGAGAUAUGAACAGAGGGAAUGACAGUGAUAUUGAUGACGGAGUUUUUAAAAUCAAUCCAGAGGCUCAAACCGAUAUUGAAGAAGAGGUUGGAGAAAAUGUCAAAUUCAAUAAAAAGCGUUCUGAUGUUAAAGUUGGUGAACGUUUAGUUAUCAAUAGUUCAGAUGCAGCUAAAGAUAAUAAAACUUAUGAGAUAAGGCCUACCAGUGAGCAUGAAGAAAGCAUUGUUGAUAACUCAGGUACGAGAAUUAGCAGGAAAAUCCAAAGUAAUUCUGGGGAUUCUAGUGUAACAAGAAGGAAAAGUCAACAGAACUCUAUUAAUGUGGAAUACCAGAAACGGUCUCCUAGUAGGACUUCAAGAAUGAAGAAACGGUCCCCGUCUAAAGAUAGAGGCUCAUCAGCAUCUGAUGUCGAUGAGUUGGAAGAUUUGAAAGUAAUUCGACAAAAGCUGUGCUCUAUUUUACCACCUGAUUCUUCCUUCAGACAGAUAUUAUUGAAGAAACUUAGUGGUGGGGAUAAGAAUAAUAGAAUGAAUAGUGAAGAGGUGGAUAUAUUUGGCGCUCCUUUGAAGAAUAGUUCGGGUAGUAAUUUUUAUAACGAUCAUGGUUACCCCGUGGCACAUAUUUCUGGUGUGUCUUUAUAUAACAGUAAAGGAAUACCGAUGAAGGGCGCAUACGGUAGGCCUUUGCAUACAACUUUAAAAAAAGAAUUGGCAAAAAUUGUAGAUGGCUCAGAGGAGAGAAGAAACAUUUUUCAUCGAACAAAUCGUUAUUUCGAGGAACAACUUCUGCAUAUCCUUGAAUCCGUCAGCAAUGUGAGAACUGAUGAGUUUGGUCGAGUCUAUGACAGCUAUGGGAGACCUUUGUUCGACCGUUAUGGUUUCCUACUCUAUGACCACAUCGGUAAUCCUCUGACAGACGCGUUGGGAAGGAAACUAACCGACAAACAUGGCGUUUCGAUAAUGGGCCCUCGUAAGAAAUGCGCGAACGUUGUGCUGACAAAUUUAUCCUCAAAUGAAUCAUUAUCAUCACAUCAGUCGUCGGAUGAGAGACUUGUCAAAAAUAGAACUGAAUUGAUUAAUCGGAGAAAGGAUAACAGUAAAGAAAAUAUGUGGAAGAUGUGUAAGAGACAAGUUUCAUUCAAUAUGGACCCAACAAUCAUUACACUGAACCACUCUGACUCUGAACUUGAAACCAGUGCUUCUAACUUUAAAAGAUGAUUUAUCGAAAAAAUUAAUGCAACUCCAUUUGUCCUGUCAACUUGUGAUUUAUAUUAUAAUUGUUCUGUCCUUCUGUCUCUGUUCCACA